AUGGAGGCCCUUCAUGUGGCCACGGAAAGUGCAAUAGAAUCGGGAAUCUUCAAGGGCGUAAAGACACUAGGUGCGGGUCUGAUAAUCUCUCAUCUUCUCUAUACGGACGACGUCUUAUUUGUAGUUGAUUGGAACGAAUCAAACUUCCAAAAUCUUGCAAGGAUGUUAAGAUGUUUCCAUUUGUCAUCGGGCCUUAAGGUAAAUUUUUCAAAAAGCCAAUUAUACGGGGUUGGUGUAGGUAAUGAUGAAAUGUCACAAAAGGCUUCAAUCCUAGAUUGCAAAGUGGGUGUGUUCCUAUUUAUCUAUCUAGGUCUACCAGUUGGGGCAAACAUGGGUCUAGUAAAAAAUUGGAAACCGACUGUUGAAAGAUUUGAAAAUCAACUAUCACUUUGGAAGGCUAGAACACUCUCAUUUGGGGGAAGGGUAACCUUAAUUAAGGCAGUGCUUGGUAACUUACCAACUUAUUACUUCUCAUUAUUUAACGCACCCGUAGAAGUAGUAAAAAGAUUGGAGAAAAUUAGAAGAAGGUUUCCAUGGGGUGGAUGCUUAGAAAACAAUAAGAUUAGUUGGGUACCAUGGUUCAAGGUGGUGGCACUGAUAGAAGAUGGCGGAUUGGGUAUUGGUAGUUUAUCGGCAACAAACAAGGCACUUAUGGUCAAAUGGAGCGUAUAG